CGAGACGCUGUAAUGACGGUCCCAUCUCCGAAUGAAGACGCUGAGGAAAGUCUAUAUCACAGGAGAUGUCACUGGAUGUAACAGGAUAUACAUUGUGAGGUCUGGACUUGCGGCUACCUAAAUUAAGCUUACAAUGAGCUUAUAUUCAGUCAUAUGGAUUACACUGCUGCCAAGCCUUUGCCAACCACAGAUAACAAGCGAAUAUGUUAAUCUGAACAACAGAGGAAGCCAAGGUAAAUGCACCUAUACAUUUGUGGUGCCGCAGCAGAAAAUCACUGGAGCUGUUUGCGUCAGCACAGCUAAGUUCCCUGAAGCGUUUGGAGUGAACAGAAGCGAAGUUGAGGAGUUAAAACAGGAACUUAGCCGACAACAAACUGAGAUUGAGAAAAUUAAAAGACUGGUAGACGUGGACCAUGAAGUAGCCAAUGAGAUGGACCAUCUCCGAAGAGAGAGCAGGAAUAUGGAUUCCCGUCUCAGUAACUUGCAUGUGCAGUUCCUCCAUGAGGUUCUUCAGAAGAAGAAUGACUCAAAAGAAGUGUUUCAGGGAGAAGAUAAAGUAGUCAAUGCCAUCUCUGAAAUCCCAAUCUUAGCUUCUAAAUACCGAGAUCUCCAAGAAAAGUAUAAUUUCCUAACUUCAUUGGUCAACAACCAGAGUCUUAUCAUUGCACGUUUAGAAGAGCAGUGUCAACAAAGCCUUGGUAGACGUCACGUUGACCAGGCGCCAUCCUAUUCACAGUCAACAAUUGAGGCUUUGAGCAACUCUUCAGAAGGGAAAAAGAAACAAAAUCACGAUACUCAUGGGGAGCAGACAGAUGGAGCCGCACACAGGAAAGAAAUACUCCCAACACAAGCAACAAAGACAACCUCCAAAACCCCGGUUAUCCAAUCCGAGGCCUCCCAAUCAGAAGGACCAUGGAUGGAUUGCUCUGAAGCCUUCUUAGCAGGUCAAAAGUCAAGUGGUAUCUAUCUUCUGAAACCACAAAACAGCAACCAAAUCAUGCAGGCCUGGUGUGACCAAGAGAACAACGGAGGUGGGUGGACGGUGAUUCAAAGACGACAGGAUGGAUCAACCAACUUCUUUAAAACCUGGCAUAACUAUAAAGAUGGAUUUGGUAAUUUGGACAACGAAUAUUGGUUGGGUCUUGAGAACAUUUACUGGUUGACCAAACAAGGAAACUACAAACUUCUUAUCCUCAUGGAUGACUGGCAAGGUAGACAAGUUAGUGCAGAAUAUGACCAGUUUCGUGUGGAACCAGAGAGCGACUUCUACCGGUUGCGACUAGGGCAAUACCGUGGUACAGCUGGAGACUCCCUCUCCUGGCACAAUGAUAAACAGUUUAGCACUUUGGACAAAGAUCGGGACUCGUACUCAGGUAACUGUGCCCAUUUCCAGAAAGGAGGAUGGUGGUAUAAUAUGUGUGCCCAUUCCAACCUCAACGGGGUAUGGUACCGUGGUGGUCAUUACCGUAGCCGCUACCAGGAUGGAGUCUACUGGGCUGAGUUUCGUGGUGGAGCUUACUCUCUAAAGAAGGUCUCCAUGCUUGUAAAACCCAACAAACAGUGACCUCUUGGUAACCUACCUGAGAAAUACCAACCCAUGAAGUUUAACCCUUCAUUUUCUUACCAGCAAUACAGAUGGAGACAUGAAAAAAAACAUCUUGACUCCUCCACGUCGUUAGUCUAUCUACGCUAUGAAUUAUAGAUAUUGCAGGGAUCACUCUUUGUUUUGGAGAAUAUCUAAUUCUAUUUAAACUUUGUAUUGAUGAUAUUUUUAUCAGAAUGUUCUUUUAGUGCUCUUGGAGUGCCAUUCAUAACUGGAGACAGACCUAUUGUUUAGUAGGGUUGAAAUAGGACAUGUUCAUUAAGUACAACUGUUAUUGUUGAUCCAGAAGAAGAAAGACCCUGUGGCAUAGAUUAUCCUAUGCUAUGAAGAUCAAGUACCGACUCGGUUUUCUACACAAGUACUCUAGUACAAAUAAUUUCAUUGUUAAACUGCUUUAAAAUUGUUUUAAUGAAGUGACCAUCAGCACAUCCCAAGAAGAGAGUCCCAUAGUCUUACUGCUCUUACUGAGAAGAAUCCCUUUUUGUGUGCUAAAACCUUUUUGCCCCCAUGAUUUUUAUGUAUACUCCUAUAUUGUGCCCACCGGCCUGGGGAUAAAUCUAUCUUUAGACAUAUCUCUUUACUGACAUAUUUAUUCAAAAUAAGGUCAUUUUAAGUGUAAGAGAGCCUCUCACUGGACAUACUCUAGUAAGUGCAGAACCAGCUAUUCUACACCAUGAGUGCAUCUGCACCUAUGUCUGACUUUGUGGACAUGUUCUCAUGUAGCUCUCACAAGAACAAGCUCCAAGAUCAGAGUAUAGAGGCAGAAGUAGGACUAUUAUAAGGUUGCACUCUGUCUCAAUUUUACUUUUUGUAACCUUUAAAUGCUUAUAAAUGUUACUUUGGAUGUCUAUGUCUCUACGAUAACAAUUAUUGUCCUUAUAUUUGGCACCUCAGUGUUAUGAUAGGGACACUGGGUGUGACAGCCACCAGCCAGAAUCUAACUUCCAAGCACAGAGUAGUAAAUAAAAAAGUUAUGGUUGGCCCUAUUGCUAUUUUUACAGCAUGCUUAUCAGGGGCGUUCUCUUUUUAGAUACAGUAUACCACUUUUUCCGGAAAUCUUGGUUUCAUUAUACCACCUAAUGGUUUCCUACAUCCUGAUCAUGAAUACUAAUAAAUACCUGUGAGCCAAAUAGACAUAAUAUCGAAAUAAGGAGAUUUCAUUGUCUAUUUCCCCUUGAUAACACUUCUUGUCCUCAUGUUUGACACCUCAAUGUUACGAUAGGAACACUGGGUCUGACAGCAACCAGCCAGAAUCUAACUUCCACGUACAGAGAAGUAAAUGAAACGUCAACAUCUCACACCUUGCCAAAGGAAGAACGUUUUUGAUUGCUAUCUUUACAGCAUGCUAUCUGGGGCGUUCUCUUUUUAGAUGCAGUAUACCAUUUUUUUCUGAAAUCUUGGUUUCGUUAUACCACCAAUGAUAUUGGUUUCCUAUAUCCUGAUCAUGAAUACUAAUAAAUACCC